AUGUCGGAUGCGCAGUUUGUGCCAAGGACCUAUGGCGCGAUUCUGCUGGGGGGAUUGUUUUCGGCGUGGCUAGGCGGGAUGGUCACCGCGCAGACCGUCGUCUAUGUCAAGUUGUACUUGAAGAGGGACAGCAUACGGCUGAAGUCUUUGGUCGGCGCGGUGUGGUUGCUCGAUGCACUCCACAGCAUGGCAGUAUGGGCAGCGGGGUGGACCUACCUCAUAGAUGGCUUCGGCGAUACGCAGGGUAUCGCAGAAAUACCUUGGAGCAUCGCGAUGACCGUCGUAUUUACGGCAUCUCUCACCUUCCUUGUCCACUUGUUCCUUGCUCGGCGGAUUCAUCUUUUAUCUCAUGGGAACUACUAUCUCACCGCGGCGGUCGUGAAGUGCCCUGGCGGUCCUGCGACUAGCUUCUGCCUGUGUCACAACCGGAACCAUGAUUACUAUGGAAACUUCGCUGACUUCAAGGAGCACUUCUCUUGGGUCUUCACGCUGGGACUCGCUCUUUCGUCCGCAGUUGACGCCUUGAUCACGGGCUGUCUUUUCGUCCUUUUGCAUCGAAGCAGGAAGAGCACGCCGUUGAGCAUGCCUGGAUUGACCGACAUGAUUGACACUCUGAUUUUGUACGCAUUUGAGAGCGGAUCGCUAACCUGUUUUGCCACUAUUGUUUCCAUGAUUUGUUGGAUUACUAUGAACCACAACCUAAUCUUCCUUGGCUUGCACUUCGUUAUCGCGAAGCUAUACGCGAACACCUUCCUCGCGACGCUCAACAUGCGAUAUAUGAUACGCGAGUCAAGAAGCUCUUCCAUCGGCCAGCCGGGCAUCAUCGUGCUCGAGCGACACGACCGCGAAGCCGACAGCCUGGAACAACACCGUUGCAAGACCUUGAAUGCCCUGCAGAUCAGCGUCGACGUCCAGCGCACGGUGCAGUAUGACGAAGAAUCGUCGUCGGACCGCGGAGGCAGCAAGUAG